CCCCAGCCGACAGUUGCUGCUUACCUUGCGCGUCGCUCCACCGAGCUACUGCGGCCCACUCGACGAGGAAGCCUAUUCGCUCCGUGAACUUGAAGAGCAGCCGCAAGAGCCAUCGACGCCGUCGAGUUCCAAGUUGUGGUGCACCACCACCGCCAUUUCCACGAAAGAUGUCUCUACUCCCGGCAGCGCCUAAGAAGCUCAGUUCCGGUGGGCAGAAAGUCAUAGCAGCGGCGCGCCAAGAAUUUGGCAUGCACAUGUACUUCAACGAACCAUUCAGUGCGGCCACGAAGGAUUUCAGAGUCGAACUCAGCCAGAAAUUUGCGAAAAAUUCAAAGCUCACAAUCGUCGUUGAAGUUUUGCCUGACAGCUUCAUGGAGAUUUGCUACGAGACACUCGAGGACAGCAACAGGUACUUCUACGUCAGCCGCGAUCCCGUCGACGGCAAGCUGUACGCGGGCACCAAGCUACUUGAGUACCCCUACAACCACCACCGUCAGGACCUGCCCCUGAAUAAAACCAAGCUUGAUACGGGCAAGCCUUACGUCAUCCAGCUCGAGUGGAAGGCCGAUGACUCGAUCGAGUUCUACCUGGAUGGGUCCGCCUCUAUCACGGGCACUAAGCCCGCCGGCACUAUGCUCAAGGACUGUGCGCGCCUUGUACCCGGCGAGCUGUUCCCGGGAGACACAAGCAAAACCUUGCGCGGCUUUACCGUCUACGAAGUGCACCACAGUUCCCCAACAUGGGAGAGCGUGUUUGAAGAGAACUACAGCUAUACGCUUCCCGCACAGUACGUCUUGGCUUCCAAUGUCCUCAUGCGGAUUUCCGGCAAAUGCAUCAUGCGCGAGUAUCGAACGGGAGAGAUCAAAGUGUAUUAUGACGGCCAGGUGGCCGCCAUACUAAGGCGACUGCAGAAGAACAAGCCGAUGACGGUCGUGAUCAAGUUAAGUGCCACCGAAAUGAUCAUCUCGCUCGUCGGCGCACCCGUUCCGGCCCCACCGGUUACGGUACCGUUGGUGAGAAGCACUGUCGAGCCAAGCCUCAAGGUCAUCAGGGUUACCCGAAACCUGCAAACGCACAACGUGGAAAUUAUCUCAGGCAUUUCUCCAUCCACGUGAAAGGACAACUUUCGGGCCCGUGCCGCAUCACUCAGCCGCCGAAGAUGUGCGCUUAUUUGCCCGUAUACAUGCUUACGUUCAACCCUCAUGCUUCAGAGGAAGAGAACGGUGUUCAAUAAACGAUUGUUCCACAA